AUGUUCUCACGGCGGCGAGGUAGCUCCGCCAAUCCGCCGAUCGAUCGGAACACCUCUACGAACGCAACCACCGCAGCCGCCCAGGCCUUCCUCCAAAAGUCCACAUCGACCGCCUCCCUUUCCUCGGCCGCCGCAGCGGCAGCACUUCGAUCACAGACCGCAUCGCCAGAGUCAGUUGCAGACCUACAAACGAAGCGCAUGGUUCGGCGGAACUCAGCGUCUUCCACCGGCAGCGGCGCUGGCAGUCGCGGUGGUGUGACCCGGGGCGGCCUUCAGCGGACGAACAGCGGCGGGUCUAUGACAGAGCGCACGUUCCGGAGUCCAUCACCUGGACGCACAAAUGGCACCAUGUCACCGAGAUCGCCAUCUCCUACCGCGCCGCCUGUGCCCGCUUUACCCACCACUGUUCACAAAAGAGCUUCGAGUAUGGAGCCGCCGCAGCGCGUAAUGUCGCCUACACCGCAAAGUGGGAAAAGAGGUGGAAGCGUGGACCGGGCGAGGGCCCCAGUGUCUGUCAACACGCGGCCAACACAGCAGCUGACCAACGUGGCUGAAGCCGAGGGAGAGUCUCCGACAAGUCUGUCGCGUAACUUCUCCCGGCCAAUGUCUCCCUCAGCUGGCUCUACAGCCACCAAGAAGUACACACACAAGGCAGGGCCAUGGUUUACCGGAGGCGCGACUCCCUCGCGACCCACCACGUCAGAGGGGCUAUCGAAUCGUAGGUCUGCGCCAUCACCAGUUGGUACCUACAAUUCGGACGAGGCGGAUUCGGUCAUGGUGUACGACCCCAAUACACGGUCGUUCGUUCAAAGAUACAAGCCCAAGCCCCAAGACCCUUCACCGACUUCGCCUCCUACCUCGUCGAAGCCAGCGCAAGUGUGGGACCCAAACACGCGCUCGAUGGUUUCAGCUUCUGCAGCUCCGCCAGUUCCCGAGCGAGAAGAACCAUCGCAUCCACCACCGGCACCGGUGGUCAAGAAGGCGCGUCCCGUGCCGGCUCCACUCAACACAGAGAUCGAGCCACCACCUCGCAACCCAGCUCGACUUUCUCCCGACGCCUCGAGCCCGCGGUCACCUAGGGCAGCAGGCACUCUUCAGAAGCAGCCUUCUGUGGUCAGAGAAGACCCAGAGGCCGAGGCGCAGGCGGAAGAUUUGAUUGAGACAGCGAAGCGCGUCGGCGCUGCUCCUGUAGUAUCGACGCCAUCUUCUGCUCCCCCCAAGGUCUACCAUCGAACCACUACACCGCACCAGCGAGCUACUAGCUUAGAUGUACCGAGGACGACUGGCAGCAGUGGACGUGGUAGGAAUACGUCGGCGAGUCCACAGCGAUCGGCUCACUUCUCAGCCACACCAGUGUCAGAGUACGAAAGGCAUGAGCCGCCACCAAGAGACAUAUCUCCGGCUAAGUCUGCAUUGAAACACUCGCCAUCCUCAUCGGUCCGCACAGCCUCUCCAACCGCUGUCUUCUCUCCAUCAACAGCAGCCGGCCCACCGAGCGAGACCUCUGAGGACACCCAGUCACACGAUGGCUUGAGCAACUUCAAAAAGAAGAAGAGCGUUCGUGUGAGCUUUGACGAGCAGCCGAAGGAGAUCGACUCGACCACUGUGACUCCAGCGCCUGUGCGUAACUUCGACGACGAGAACGACGACUUCAACAAGCCGAGGCCUGCUCUGCCGUCUUUUGGUAGCGUUCGGAAGAAUCGUUCGCCUGAGGUAGCAGAGAAGGUUACCGAGAUGCCUCCAGAACGCCACGAAGCGAGCAGUGAUCUUGCGAUUGGUGGCAUACUGCGCAACAAUCAGAAUCAAGACCCACUGCCACCAGAAGUGACUUCCAAGGAGGCUUCUGGGUAUGUCAGCGAUGAGAGCAGUGAUGGUGAGGUGCCUGCUGUGGCGAGCGCUGCAGCACCUGAGCCUGCAACUGCUGGCGCUGGGCAGGACGACGAUGCAGGCGGGACGAAGGUCAAGGACUUCGCACAGACUGCAGAGGCCCAGCAGACACCGAGAGAGAGUUUGGAUGUGCCGGAGAUUGCACUGCAGCCGCCUACACCUGGCAUCGACGACGAGACAAAGCGCCAACUUGGUGAGACGGAAGAAGACUUCACGCCUCGCCCUGAGCAGCGCAACUCCAUGGAGAACAUCAACAUCCCUGGUGGCUGGGGUGAUGAGUUUGAGAGCGAUGAUAAGAGCGUCGGCGACCAAGCUCCUGCUCAACCGGCUCCUGUGGCUGAGGGUCCUGCCACACCCGCACGAAGUGCAUCUACCGAAGACUCAGCUGCCACCCAGACGGUGACGCCGAUAGAAACACCAGCGAUGCAUGCUUCGCCACAGACUCUCAGCGACAUCAACGAGGACAGCGAUGAUACCGACGAAGCUGAAUUCAGCGACGCCGUGGAAGACCCGUCGGAUCUCGAAGAUAAUGGCGGGUUUGCCAGUCUAGAUGCCAUUGUGGAGUCGCCGAUGGUCACGUCUCCAUCCAUCGACACGAGAACGAGUGCAUCCGCCGCCGACGACGUUCCGGAGAGCCCUUCUACCAAGCCGGCUGCCAGAGCGGCCGAGCGAGCCGAAGCCAAAGAGACUGCUCCCGGGAACUGGGACGAGGCUACGUCGUACUGGUCGCAGCUAACCAAGGAGAAGAGACAGCAGAUUGAGCGCCAGCACAUGUCCUCGGAUGACGAGGCAACGCCGCCGCCAGCGCGCAAGAAGGCUGUUGCUGUGAAGACUGGACCUACUGGAUCUGCCGCUGCUGCGCCAAGGCCGAAGCCCGUGGGUAUCUUGAAGCAACCUUCUCAAUCUCAGCCCGUGCCAAAGCAGGCUCCAUCGCAACCAAGUCAGGCGCAGACCACAAUGCGGAAAUCUAUGAGAUCUCAGCAACCCCAGGCUGCGACUGACGACAGUGUACAUCUGCGGAGCUCAAUGCGUUCGACGACUGGAAGCAUGACUUCUCGACCACGGCAGCAAGCUCUUGUGGCAAGACCACAGUCUGCUUACGUUGAGCCCCGUGGUACUCUGCAAAAGAAGAGCAUGCGGCCAGUAUCAUCUACUGGCGUGCCAGACUCCUCCAGCACUCCCAACCAGGGCUCAUCGUACCCUACGUUGCCAGCGAAGAGAAACACUGUGCAGGGCAAGCCGGAAGCGCCCCAGGUCAGUCAAAGAUUGCAGCGGGAGUUGACGAACGACUCGGAUUCCGAAAGCAGCUUCAAGAAGAAGAGGAAGGGUGCUGCAGGAGCAACCGGCGUCGAUCCAUCUGGGCGCUACGCAAUGCGACGCAGUAUGCGUUCCGGCUCCAUCGACUCGCAGCCCAGCGUCAUGAGCGCUGCGGAGCCCAGGAGGCCCACUUCACCGACCAAUGGACCAGCGCGCAACAGGGCCUUCAGUCUACGGUCUCUGUCGCCCAAUGGAUCAUUCUUCGGACGAAACAGGAUGGAGCCUGCCAAAGGUGUGGACGCUGGACCGAGGACGACUUUGCGUGCUCAGCCAGCUUCGAAAGCGCCGCCAGCUAGGACGACUUUGCGAUCUACGCCUGCACCGGCGCCUACGAUGCGUGCUCAACCUGCUUCCAAGCCGGCUGCUAGCUCGGCUCCUAAAUCGCGCUUCAAGUCUCGAUUUGCGGACUCUGAUGAUUCGGAUGAUGCCAGACCAGCUCGGACCUUCAAGAGUCGCUUUGCGAAUUCUGAUGAUUCGGAUGAUGAGCCUGCUCCUUUAAGACCUGUUCGUGGCAUCCCGCGCAAGCAAAACCAGGAUGACGGCGACUCCACGGAUCUGGAAGAGGAGGACACAGUCCCGAAAAUGGCGACGGAGAAGCGGCAGAAGAUGGCUACGCCGAUGGUGCCUGAUCCUACCGAUGUCGAAAAGGCGAUGGCGGCUGCGCGGCGCAAUCUUGGUGUCAGUGAGAAGACGGCUGAGCAGGACAACCGUGAGGGUGAUGCACUACGGAAGGGCACGUUGCGGUCAACGGCGGCAGAUGAGCCAGCUUCCACUCCUGCUACCCCAUCAGAGCAGCCGGAGCUGAAGAAGCGUGGUUUCAUGAACAGCAUCCUACGCCGCAACCGCGCCAGCUCUUCGUCGGUGCAGCGAUUCAGCCAAACCAGCGUGCCACCCUCGCCAGGUCCAGCCACUCCUCAAGCAGCGAACACCCCCACGGUGCAGCCUGCCACCCCGGCCAGUCCAUCGCCCGGCAAGCUCGUCCGCCGCAGCUCCGCUCAACCUCAACAACCCCAGCUCAAACGCGGCGACUCCACCUUCUCCAACGCCACCGCACCCAUCUCUUCCCGCGCAGAGGACUCCAACAGCGCCAACUGGCCCCUCCCCCCACCAAUCCCGUCCAACGAAGACGACGGUGUCAACCGCGCCACCACCGACGCCGCACGCCCCAGCACUAGCGACGGCGUCUCACAGGAAGCCAUCAAGCUCGCGCAAAGCAUGCGUCCGGACCUCGCGCCUAGGAGCAAGAGCGGACAGCAGCUGAGCAGCAGCAGUUUCAGGGAAGAAAGGGCUGAGAGGAGGAGUGUGAGGAUCCAGGCUGGAGAGGAAGGGAGCGAGCCCGGGGAAAGGCCGAAGGAUCGGCAGCCAGGGGAGAUUUAUAGUCGACGGACUGGGAAAAAGAAGAAGUUUGGGAUGCUGAGGAGGGCUUUUGGGAUUAAUGAUUAG